AUGGCUGACGCAUCAGGCGCUGCAGCUGCGGAAGUAGCUGAGGUCUCUUACACCGGCACUGCCUUGGAGCCAGUCAUUCAAGCAAUCAAGCAAAAGAUUGGAGGCAAGGAGUCCUGUGAGACUUACAUCUUCGAAGCUCCCAACCCCACCAUCUCCCCAAAAGAGAAGUCAGGUCCUUCCUCCUCUCGUUUCAAUCCACCCUCAGUGGACCUUUUCAAAGCAUGGGGCUGUACCAUAAUUGUCCUUUCUUGGCAAACCUUCUUCAAGGAUCAUGUUCCUGAAAAAUUCAAAUGUGUCAAGGGUUGCGGCAAGUUUACAGUGGUACGGAACGGCUGGUACGCUAAGUUGGUGAGCCUGGUGUUGGGGCUUCAUCGACCGCUCUUCAUUCUCUCCCAGGACUACCGCUGCAAGGACUGCCACGCAAAACUUGAUGGGAAGGGGGGGUUUGGUAGCACGCUUUACCUAGCUCACAAGGAAGAGAUUCGAGCUCAGCUGCGUCCUUUCAUCCUGCACCAACUGCCCAUUGGCUUCUCAGAGACAUGUGUGCCCGUCGAGCGCAGCUUGCUGGACUUGUUAGAGAUCUUGGCGCCUGAAGCGAUUGGCUUCCCUCGCAUUGCACGGCUUGUGAAAGAGCUGCACACGCUGGCUGAGAAACGCAGGGAGCUCGUGUACUAUGACUACCAACUAGAGUUGAAAGCAAAGCGGGCAGAGGACGAGGUCAAGCGGCAGAAAGGCAUUGGGAAGUUCUUCCAAGCUAGUGUUCAACAAGCUGGGAGUGGGGCUGCCGAGCAGCCAGUGCAAGCUUGGGCAAUGGGGAAGCGUGUCCCUGACUGGGUUGCUGGAUCAGCACUCUUGUCAUCCCUGUUCUUGCAGCAAGCUGCCGCAAAGAUGCCCGAGUAUAGCAGGCAGAUGGCACUCGUGAGAGGGGAGUGUGUGGGGAUGGACCAUUUUCACAAGCUCAUGCGCAGAAUCAGGGGUAUGGAGGGCCAGCGUGUUCUUGAUGCCACUCUCACCAUGAUGACGGAGACCGGGGAGGUGGCGACUAGUCUUUGGACGCACAACGCCUCGCUCGAAGUUGUCAGAGACAACCUUCAUCAAAUCCAUGAGCGCAUGGUGCUGCUGGGCCGCGCGCCCCGACUGCUGUUCUGUGACUGGCCUGAGGUCAUGGGCCCCUUCUUCAAGGACCUGUGGCCGUGUCUGGAGGUCUACCUUAUGGACAUUCUUCACGCGAUCAUGCGCGUGACAAAGCACAUCCCCGAUGACCAUCCUUUUCGAGGUUGGUUCCAGGGGAAACUGAGUGAGGCUAUCUUCAUCAAGAAUCAAGCCGAUCUGGUUGACAUCAUCAAGGAGCUCGACAUCAAGGGGAAGACACUUGCGGAUAAGGCAGGAAAGAAUGCGCUGAGAAGGUGCCGCAAGUCUGUGCCGCCCCCCGAGGUCCUGUUGGCUCGACUUCAGGUAUGCACACUUCCUGAGGAUCUAAAUUGA